AUGGCCAUGUUCAACAACCUGCUCAACAUGGCCCAGCUGUUCAACAUGAAGCCCGGGCAGUUGCUGCCUUCCACCUCCUCGUCGAGCGACGAUGACGCCGCUGCGCCAACCACCGUCGCCGGCCUGCGGCGGAUGAUCGAGGCGAUCGGCGUUGAGGAGUUCCCCGACUCCCUCCAAACGCUCCUCACUCGCCUCGACGACCUCCCCGACACCUGCGUCGCCGAGUUGGCCAAGUCGGAGUGCGAGAGUUGCGCCCAAACACUUCCCAGCCUCCUCGCCCUCAAGCAACACCAAGAAGAUGCUCACGACGGCCAGCUGAGCCCCGCCCACCUCGAAGCGUUCACCCAACGGCUGGCAAAGACCAUUGAGGAAUCGGCUGUCGAGGUGUCGAAUCCAGGGUCGAAUGAGAGCAGAAGCUCUUCGAGGGAUGAUACGAUGGAACCGCCGGAGAAGAAAUCCCGGAACGAAAACGACGCCUCUGCCGGCGACGCCACCGCCCAGAUGAUGCUCAACAUGAUGCAGGCCGGCUUCCCCUUCCUGCAGCCGAACCCCUUCCUGCCGAUGGACGGCUUCUUCAACCCGCUACUGGCGCAGCAGCUGAAAGUCCUCCGCCAAUAUUUCGACAUCAACAACAGCCCCACCGAGGCCCAGAUCCGGGAGAUGAGCCUGAAGACGCAGCUACCCGAGAAGGUCAUCAAGCACUGGUUCCGGAAUACGCUGUUCAAGGAACGCCAACGAGACAAGGACUCCCCGUACAACUUCUCCAUCCCGCCCCAAAUGGGCAUCGACUUGGACAUGUACGAGAAGACGGGCGAAACCCGCGUGCAUCCCCUCACCCCCGAACAAAUCAACGGCUCCGGCAGCGGCCCCGCCCAAAUUUCCGCUUUCCCGACGGUACCCCACGUCGAGAAGGAGGUCAAGCAGGAGAAGCUGGAGGAGAAGAAGCCGGCCCAGCAACAACCCAUGAAUUUACAGGCCGCGCUGGGAGCUGGGGCGCCAAAUUUGGCGGCUAUUUUGGGCAGCUUGCAGCUGCGGACACUUCAACAGUUCUUCGACAAGCAGGCCUACCCCAAGGACGACGACCUGGAGCUGUUGUCCAAGAAGUUGCAGCUCUCCCCGCGGGUCAUUGUCGUGUGGUUCCAGAAUGCGAGGCAAAAGGCCCGAAAGAUCUACGAGAAUCAGCCGAACCUCGAGAAUAGCGACCGCUUCGUGAGGACGCCCGGCUGCAACUUCCAAUGCAAACGGUGCAACCUCGUCUUCCAGCGAUACUACGAACUGAUCCAACAUCAGCAGAAGAAGUGCUACAAGGACGAUUGUCAGGCCCAACUCCAAGACAACAAAGGCGUCGAGGGACUGCUCACCGACGCCGAGAAGGAGCAACUCGCCGGAAAUCCGGAGGCCCCGCCCCUCUCCAAAUCUCCGGCCCUCGCCGACCCGGCCGAGCUGCUCAAGCUCCUCCAGGGCUCCGGCUCCACAGAAGCCCUCCUGAAGAUGUGCGAGGCAGCCAAGACCCCGUCCACGACAACAUCGUCAAGUGACGACCAGGGAGAUGACAUCUUCUCCGCCCUGGCCCACAACGCCAUGCAAUCCACCUCAUCCCAAGGAGAAUCCCGAAGCCCCGCCAAUAACAAGCGAUACCGUACCCAUCUGACACCACUUCAAGUCCAUGUUAUGAAGUGUAUCUUCUCGGAAUAUAAGACGCCUUCAAUGUCCGAGUGCGACACGUUGGGACGGGAUAUUGGCCUCCACAAGCGCGUCGUGCAAGUGUGGUUCCAAAAUGCUCGUGCGAAAGAGCGAAAAACCCGUGUGGCCAACGGCCAGGACGACGACAUCUCCAGGCCGUUCCCCACCCAGUGCAGCUACUGCAACGUCGAGUUCUCGUCCCGUGUCUCCCUCCAAGACCACGUGUUCUCCCAGCCCCAUCUGACCGUGUUGAAGUCGUUGCACCAGGGCGAUGAGACGGAGACGGCGACGAGGAGUGUCGAGGAGAAUGGAGGACGACAAAGAGCACCUAUUGUCCGGGAUUCGUCUCCAAAGAAGGGAGCAGCACCGCUGAAUGCGCACGAAUUCCCGUUUAACCUGCUGAACUUUGGACUGCCGCAAGGCUCCCUCCCGAUGGUGUACGACCCGAGCGUGAUGGGCACGCCGAUUCCGCUGUUGCAGAUCCCGGAAACGGUCAUGACCCAGAUCACCACCGACUUGAGCGAGGGCCGGAUGACGACAAAGUUCACGCAAGAUGGGCUCGCGUUUGAGGAGCUGAUCUCGAGCCUUGACGAGGAUGAUGCAAAGUGUGCGGCGCAGAAGAAUAUGGAGGUCGGCUGGGCGUGCUCCCGAUGCACGAAUGUCUUCCAACAAGAAGCUCUCCUCAAAUCCCAUCAGAGGACAAUCUGCUCGCAAGCGGAGGGCCAGCUCGUGCUCGUCCAGACCCACUACGAGUGCAUCCCCUGCGGCCAGCACUUUGGCACGCAGGUCGACUUCAAGAACCACCUCCAAACUGAUGAGCAUCGCGUCGCGAAAGUUGCUGCUCUCUUCCCAACUUCUACCGUAACCACCUCCGCCUCGACGGCCAGCCCGCUGGCUUCGUUU